UUAAAAAUCCCUUCAUAUUCUUAUUACCAUUUUCGCUGAUUCUGAAAAUUUCCAUGGCGGAAUGUGAAGUUCCUUCGUUCUCUCUAGGGUUCGAUCUUGAUCUCGAAGACUCGCCUCCACAUUCACCCAAUCAUGACCCGCUCCUAAUAGUACCGGACUCCGAAUCCGAAUCCUACCCCGAAACCCGACCCGAUCCACCGCGCCGCAUCUUCAAACGUCUCCGUCGUGGUCUCCCAACCUCCUCCGUUCGCCACAAAACCGAACCGCCUCCGUGCAUCAAUGUUGACGACGAUGAUAUCGAGGAGUUCUCAGAUCAAGAUGAACCUGUUCAAGUAUCUGCGCGUUCCUCGGUUCAGAAUGGUUCUAUAUGUCGCAGCUCAAAAGUGUCUUUGAAAAGUAUUGGAGUUUUAACUCCUCAUUCAUCUACUACCAACUCUAGGGAUAAAAAAAGAAAGCUGGAUUUAGAAAUUCCUGAUUCGGUUGGAUUGGGGACUGGCCAAUGCGGGUCCAUGUUUCGCAAGUUAAUGGCUAGUCCUCUUUGUAGGUUUCGGCUGAUUGAAUCUGAUGAUGAUAUGGUUGGUGAGGAUGUUUAUGGUGGAAGUAAAUUUGGACCAUCCUCGUCGAUGGGGCCAAUGUUUAAUAGAAACACACCUGUGAUUUCUUUGGAACAAGAUAGCAAGAAGAGAUUUGAUGAUGUGAACAGAAAUAAGAAGGAUUUGCCGAUACAUCUUUCUCCAGUGAAGAAUUUCCCCAUUCAUAGGGAUAAACAAGCUUCUGCUGGAUUGGAAACUGGCCAGAGUGGGUUGGUGUUUCCCAAUGGCAAGUUAGCAGCUAGUCCUCUUCGCAGGUUUCAAUUGAUUGAAUCUGAUGAUGAUGAUGAUGAUGAUGAUAUAGUUGGUGAGGAUCUUAAUGGUGGAAAUAAACCUGGCCCUGCCUCGCCGACGGGGCCAAUGUGUAAUACAAACAAACCUGUGAUUUCUUUUAAGCAAGAUAGCAAGAAGCAAUUUGAUAAUUUGAACCAAGCUUCUGCUGGAUUGGAAACGGGCCAGAGUGGGUCGGUGUUUCCCAAUGGCCAAUUAGCGACUAGUCAUCUUCGCAGGUUUCAAUUGCUUGAUUCUGAUGAUGACGAUGAUGAUGCUGUUAUGGUCUGCAAGGUUAAAGUUGGCCCCUCUUCGUCAACAGGUAACCGAAACAGACCUCCUAAUUCUUUGAAAAGGGAUAAAAAGGUGCGGUUUGUUGACGUAGACCAAAAUCAGAAACAUCUUUCCCCGGUGAAGAAGAAUUUUUCUAUUCCUACACCUGCCUUCAAUAAUGUGUGUGAAGAGUACUUCCAUUCUGCCAAGAACACACAGGUACCGAAAUCUAACGAGCCAUAUCGCGGGGCUAAUUCUGGAUGUCAAAAGGAUGAACAAAUGUGGGAAGCGUCAGGUCCUCUUCCUCCGGCUCAUUGUUAUUUUUUCCAUGACAAUCCAAAAAUUCAGCAGUUAGUUCGCAAUCGCCUGUGUAACUUUUCUCCAUUAGGUGACAACACAGUGAAUCAGCAAGAAAAUAUUGAUUACAUGGGACAAUUUGACAAUGGAGGAUCAACAAGCAGAAGAAGCAAAUCAAAAAAUUUGAAUGGUUCUGAAGGUUGGGUAGAUCCCAAAAUCAUUUCUAGUAGUACUAGAAAGAAAGCAACAAAGAGAAACAACACUAAGAAAAAUAAUGAAUCAAGCAAAUUAAACUCUUCAAAUGAUUCUGCAAGUUGGGUGGAACCGAAAGAUGCAGGUCAAAGGCGUGUACAAGCAAGCGGUGAACCGGCUGGUCAUUGGUAUACAGGAUCAGAUGGAAGAAAGGUCUAUGUCAACAAAAGUGGGAAGGAGUCCACAGGCCGAAAUGCUUAUAGAAAUUAUCGGAAGGAGAGUGGAGCAGCAUCCCAAAAAUCCAAAAAGAAAACAACUGCCAAGAAGGGAAAGUAAACUUUGAUGCAGUACAUUAAAUUACUUUUAGACAGGUUCCUGUAAAUUGCCUGCUGAUACACGUAUUUACAUCACUAACAUGUAUAAAGAGAACAUCAGAGAAAAUAUGUCUUGUAAAAAAGAAAGAGGAGACUUUUUUUUUGUUAUGCACUUUUUUGAAUGCCCAAAACAUGUUGUCAACAUCGACCUACGAUGUUAUCUAGUGUUGUUGGUAUUAUGCAAAUCUUUGCAUUUCCUCUAUCAAUGAUUUCUUGAAUGACACUAUCAUAUUAUGAUCA